CUACUUACAUGAAACUGGACCCAUGCCAUCCGAGCUACUUCAAUUCCCCCCUCUAUACACACUCGUAGGUAUCUAUCGUAUUCUCACUGACCCUCUCGUCCGUACCCCAGUGCUGGACAAGAUCCGCCAUGCCUCCAUCCGAGGUCUCAUCGUGGGCGCCCUCUAUGCCGCCGGAACAUGGCGACCGAUGGGAUGGUUCGUCCGUCGUUUCUUGGUAGGCGGGCAGCGAUUUCUAGGAAUUGGACUAGGUAGUCGGGGAAGAGUCGGCGAGGCGGUGGGAGAGAGUAUGGGUGGGGUGGUACAUGUUGGAAUGGGGAGGUUAAGUGUACCAGUUGAUUUAGUUCUCUACACGCACAUUCUUGUACUUCUUCCUCAACUCUCGAGCAUACUCCGGUUCUUCAUCUACAAAAACCUCCGUAUAGCUCGUUCUAGAGCGUACGCUUUGACGGUAUCUUCUAGAGGCAAGCCUCCAGAGUUUUGGUCGCAAGGAUAUGUGGAGGAAUGGGCAAAUCCUCCCAAGCCACAACCUGGUGAUAUGGUCAAAGGUGGCAGGAGAAGCACAGAAGCUCGAUGGGUGUCAUGGAUAUUGUGGUGGCCGACUCAGAUCGUGAUACGACAUUACCUUCUCAUCCCGUUGUCCCCCAAUCUUCCCCUUCUGGCUCCACUCUUCACCUCCACAUUACGUGCACUCACCACCGCCGAGUACCUCCACACGCCGUAUUUCGACAUCAAAGGUAUGUCCGCAGAGGAAAGAUGGCGUUGGGUUGAAGAACGUAAAUGGGCAUACAGAUCGUUCGGCUUCGCGGCUAGCGUCCUUGAGUCCAUUCCUAUUCUCGGUUUAUUCUUGUCUAUAACCAAUCGUAUCGGUGCCGCCAUGUGGGCGUUCGAUCUCGAAAAACGACAACAUCUCUUCUCUCACCAAGCUCUACAACCACUCCCUCCAUCACAAGUAGGUUUCUUCGGCUCUGGCGGUGUGUCCAACACGGACCUCAACAUACAAGCUGCAGAGGAAGAGAUAGAAAGGAGAUGGUCUCAGAAACCUCACGACGAUUCGACGUCUCCUGCCAUCGAGCUACAAGGCUCAGGGUUGGGAGUAAGCGAGGCAGGUAAAGAAAAGGUUUUAUGA